CUUCAUCAGACCCCCACACCAUCUACAAGAAUCUACAUCAGCUAUGGCCGUCGUGAUGGCUCGCCUCAACGUCGACCUAUCCUCCCUCGACCUUGAAACCAUUCACCUACCCGCCGGAGAAGACUUCGGCGUCCUCAGUGACGAUGAAGAUUUGAAAGAUGAGCAGUCAUUAGAGGAAGGUUUUGAAAACAUAAUUCUUGUUCAGAAUUUACCAGUGGUGCCUAAGGAGAAAUUCGAGAAACUGGAAGGCGUAGUUCGGAAAAUUUACAGUCAAAUUGGGGUUAUUAAGGAGGGUGGGCUUUGGAUGCCUGUCGACCCCGACACUCAGAAAACCCUAGGAUACGGCUUCCUUGAAUUUGACACUCCUCAGGAAGCUGAAUUAGCAAAGGAAAAGACAAAUGGGUACAAGUUGGAUAGAUCCCAUGUAUUUGUUGUUAACAUGUUUAACGACAUUGAAAAGUUUAUGAAAGUUCCAGAGGAGUGGGCACCUCCAGAAACCAAGCCAUAUACUCCAGGGGAGAAUCUGCAAAAAUGGCUUACUGAUGAAAAAGCCAGAGAUCAAUUUGUUAUACGUGCUGGCUCAGAUACUGAGGUGUUAUGGAAUGAUGCUAGGCAAUUGAAGACUGAUCCUGUGUACAGAAGAACUAACUGGACGGAUAGUUUUGUGCAGUGGUCACCAUUGGGUACUUACUUGGCCACAGUGCACAGGCAAGGUGUUGCUAUUUGGGGUGGUGCAACUACUUUUAAUCGUCUGAUGCGAUAUGCUCAUCCCCAGGUUAAACUGAUUGAUUUUUCACCUGGCGAGAGAUUUUUGGUGACUUAUAGCAGCCAUGAGCCAAGCAAUCCUCGUGAUACUCAUAUGGUUGUUAUAAAUAUAUUUGACGUGAGAACCGGAAAAGUCAUGAGGGAUUUCAAAGGGACCGCAGAUGAAUAUUCUGUUGGAGUAACUGGAGGCAUAAGUGGCGUGUCGUGGCCCGUCUUCAGAUGGGGUGGUGGAAGAGAUGAUAAGUACUUUGCCAGAAUUGGAAAAAAUGUUGUCUCAGUGUUUGAAACUGAGACAUUCACUCUUAUUGACAAGAAAUCUAUAAAGGUUGAAAAUGUGACUGACUUCAGCUGGUCGCCUACUGAUCCCAUUCUUGCGCUUUUUGUCCCUGAACUAUGUGGAGGAAAUCAACCUGCAAGGGUGAGUCUUGUGCAAAUCCCAAGCAACGAAGAGUUGAGGCAAAAGAAUCUCUUCAGUGUUAGUGAUUGUAAACUGUACUGGCAAAGUAAUGGAGAUUAUCUGGCAGUUAAAGUCGAGCGAUACACGAAAACAAAGAAGAGCACAUAUACGGGGUUUGAGCUUUUCAGGAUCAAAGAACGGGACAUACCCAUUGAAGUUGUGGAGCUUGAGAAUAAGAAUGACAAGAUUAUAGCAUUUGCGUGGGAGCCAAAAGGUGACAGGUUUGCAGUUAUCCAUGGUGAUAUCCCGAGGCCUGAUGUGAGUUUCUACACGAUGCGCAGUGGAAGUAACAACACUGGUCGCGUUUCCAAACUCAUUACUCUGAAAGGCAAGCAGGCAAAUGCUCUUUACUGGUCGCCAGCUGGCCGCUUCAUUGUACUCGCAGGGUUAAAGGGCUUUAAUGGGCAACUGGAAUUUUACAAUGUUGAAGAGCUUCAGACAAUGGCAGAGACUGAGCAUUUCAUGGCGACUGAUGUGGAAUGGGAUCCAACCGGGAGGUAUGUCGCUACAUCAGUUCAUGAGAUGGAGAAUGGGUUCAAUGUGUGGUCCUUCUCUGGGCAACUGCUCUACAGAAUACUCAGGGAUCAUUUUUUCCAAUUGUUGUGGCGUCCAAGACCCCCAACAUUGUUGAGCCCAGAGAAGGAAGAAGAGAUAGCCAAGAAGUUGAAGGAAUACAGCAGAAAGUAUGAAGCCGAAGACCAAGAUGUGUGGAUGGUUUUGAGCAGGCAAGAGCGUGAGAAGAGAAGGAUUCUCAAGGAAGAGUGGGAGAGGUUAGUCGGUGAGUGGGAGAGACUGCACGAACAAGACAAGUUGGAGGAUGGAGAAGAUAGUGAACAAGAAGAGGAAUAUCAAGAAAUCGAGGAGAUCUUGGAUAUAUCUCAGGAACUUGUAACUUUUUGAUUGAUGAACUUUGUAUAAAAAAAUGAAGAAGAAAAUAGAUGAAGUAUGUCUGAGUGAAACGAUUCUUUGGGCGAAAUAAUGAAAUUAUGAUUUCUGGUAUGAAGCUUCAUACAUCAACCCCACAGAAAGGGGGAAAAUAAUGAUUACUACAAUCAAUAUGAGGUGGCAGAGAAAGCACACAUUGAACCUGUAUUGAUAAAUAUUACAGGUUGG